AUGUCUACAUUAUCCGCCCCUGCAUUUCCUUCUUUCUACCUCAAGUUUCUCCUGCUUGCUCUCUUCCUUACCCACGUAAGCCCUCAACUGCAUGACGAAUCAGAACAAGCUCUCUUACUUAAACUAAAGACAUACUGGCAGAACCCGCCGUCCUUCAACCAUUGGGCCCCAUCAUCAAACUCAUCCUCACAUUGUAGCUGGCCUGAAAUCACCUGCCUCAACGACUCAGUUACCGGGUUAACCCUUGCCAACAAAGGCAUCAAUGAAGCAAUCCCACCUUUCAUUUGUGACCUUAAGAACCUCACAUCCAUUGAUCUUAACUACAACAACCUCGUAGGUGAAUUUCCAAAAACUUUGUACAAUUGUUCCAAACUUGAGUACCUGGAUCUCUCUCAAAACUACUUUGUUGGCACAAUCCCUGAUGACAUUGACAGCCUAGGUCAGCUCCAGAGCUUGAACCUUAUGGGUAAUAAUUUUUCUGGUCAAAUUCCAGUAGCCAUUGGACGGUUACAGGACCUAAGGAGUCUUCUGCUCUGUUCCAACCAGUUCAAUGGUUCUUUCCCGCCGGAAAUUGGUAACUUGUCUAAACUUGAAUUUUUGGGAUUGGCAUAUAAUACGAAAUUCCAACCAUCCAACUUACCUCCCACUUUCAAACAAUUGAAGAAGCUGAAGACAUUAUGGAUGACAGAAGCAAGUUUAGUUGGUGAAAUCCCCGAUAUGAUUGGAGAUAUGACAGCUCUCGAGGUGCUGGAUUUAUCUAGCAAUAACCUAACGGGAAAUAUCCCGAGUGCUUUGUUCUUGCUAAAGAAUUUGGAGGGAGUAUAUCUUUUCCACAGCAAAUUAUCUGGAGAGAUUCCUCAAGUAAUUAAAGCUUCGAAUCUGAGGGUUAUCGAUCUUUCUCAAAAUAACCUGACUGGAAGAAUCCCGAGUGAUAUUGGAAAACUAGAAAAUUUAUCAGGUUUAGUUCUCUUUUUUAAUCAACUGUCAGGUGAAAUUCCAGAAAGCAUUGGACGAAUCUCAACACUAACAGACGUUAGACUAUUCAGCAACAAUCUAUGGGGCACUCUGCCUCCAGAUUUCGGUCGAUAUUCAAUGCUCGAGUAUUUCGAGGUUGCUUCUAACAGGCUUACAGGGAGGUUGCCUGAGCAUUUAUGCCACGGAGGUAAGUUGUUAGGACUUGUAGCCUUUGAUAACAAUCUUGCUGGAGAAUUGCCAAAAUCACUUGGUAAUUGUAAUAGCUUGAUAAUGGUCAACAUUCGCAACAAUGGUCUUACUGGGAGCAUUCCUAGUGGUCUAUGGACAUCGUUGAACUUGUCGAUGUUGAUGAUAAGUGACAACUUUUUUACAGGUGAGCUUCCCAAAAAAGUGUCACAUAAUCUUUCUCGACUUGAGAUUAGUAACAACAAGUUUUUUGGACAAAUUCCCGUUGAGGUGAAUUCAUGGAGAAGCCUGGUUGUCUUUAAGGCUAGUAAUAACCUCUUUAAUAGUACAAUUCCAAAAGCAUUGACAGCUCUUCCUUUUCUCACUACUCUUUUGCUUGAUCAAAACCAACUCCAUGGCUUCCUUCCAUCACCUAUAAUCUCAUGGAGGUCACUCGUCACUCUAAACCUUGGUCAAAAUCAACUUUCUGGCCAAAUUCCAGAGGAUAUUUGUGUCCUACCAAGCCUUCUUGAGUUAGAUUUGUCGAAAAACCAAUUCUCCGGCCAAAUUCCUCCUAAACUUGGCCUUCUGAGGCUUACUUCCCUCAACCUUUCUUCCAAUCUUCUCAUCGGUAAUAUCCCAAAGCAGUUUGAAAAUGCUGCAUAUUCCAAUAGUUUCCUUCACAAUCCUGGUCUCUGUGCUAGUUCUCCAUACAUAAACCUCGAGAACUGCAGUUCACCAAAAAAAUCUAGCAUAAGGGCUCUGCAAAAUCCUACUAGGAUUUGCGGUAUUGUGAUAGGAAUAUUUGUAUUUAUUUCGGCAUGUUCAUUCUUCAUGAUUAAGUAUAAUAGGAAGAGAGAGCAUGUAUUGGAUCCAGAAUUGAAGCUCACCUUCUACCAAAACUUCAAUUUUACAGAAUCAGACGUUUUGUCUAGAUUGAUAGAAGAAAACAAGAUUGGAAGUGGAGGAUCAGGAAAUGUGUAUCGUGUUGAGUUGACUUGUUCUGACAAUGUUAACAAACAUGCCAACGUUGUUGCUGCUAAAGUCAUUCGGAAUAAUCGAAAGUCGGAGCAUUUACUUGAAAAGCAAUUUCGGGCUGAAGUUGAGAUAUUGGGUAAAAUUAGACAUUUGAACAUAGUGAAAUUGAUAUGUUGCAUUUCAAGUGAAACUUCAAAUGUUCUGGUUUACGAGUAUUUGGAAAAUCGUAGCUUAGACAUAUGGCUCCAUAAGCAUCGGGCAACAACUCUUUCCUGUUCAACACAUAAUUUUAUCUUGGAUUGGCCUAAGAGGUUACAAAUUGCAAUUCAGGCUGCCCAAGGACUCUGCUACAUGCACCAUUAUUGUUCAGCACCCAUUAUUCAUCGAGAUGUGAAGUCAAGCAACAUUUUAUUAGAUUCUGAGUUCAAUGCUAAAAUUGCUGAUUUUGGUCUUGCUAAGAUGUCAAUCAAGCGAGGAGAAGAACCUAUAACUGUUUCUGGCGUGGCUGGCUCCGUUGGCUACAUAGCUCCUGAAUAUGCUCGAACAACAAGAAUAGAUGAGAAGAUUGAUGUAUAUAGCUUUGGAGUCAUUCUUUUGGAGCUAACAACAGGAAGAGAAGCGCACAAUGGAGAUAAGAACAGAUCGCUUGCAGAGUGGGCUCAGCAUUACUUUCAAGAUAACAACUCAAUAGUGGAUGCAUUAGAUGAGGAGAUCAAGGAAGCUUGUUAUUUAGAUCAAAUGUGCAAUGUCUUUAAAGUUGGAAUCCAUUGUACUAGAACAUCACCAUCAAGAAGACCUUGCAUGAGGAAAGUUUUGCAAAUGCUACAAAAAAGCAGUCAUUCUCGUAUUAUUGAGGACAAGAAUGAAAAUAGAUGGGACAAUAAUGGUGUUGAUUCGGUAUGAAAUGAAUGGAAGGUAAAAGAUUUCAGUUUUGACAGAAAAAGAAAACAGGCAAUGGAGAGAAGUGAAAGAAGAGGGAGAGGGGUGGUUGAUUGUUACAGUCGCAGUAGAGAGCCAUUAAUCUCACAUCUUGGAGGAUGUCAUGGUCUCAAUGAAAAGUCAUUAAUCUCACAUCAAGGGAGGAUGUCAUAGUCCCAAAGAAGAGGUAUGAAUCUCACAUCGGUUGUAUAUUAGAGUGAGACUGAGCAUUUAAAUAUUCACACAAUUUUUAACUUGUGAGACACUUCUUGUGAGAUAAAAUUGAAAACCCAAUGAGCUAAAAUGGGCAAUACAUUAUAGGUUAGUAUGGAUCAUGAUAGUUGGUAUCAAAACAGUUCUAGGUAUUAACGAUAUCAAGCUUGGGAAUGAUGUCAUGGUUUUAGCACCACAUCUAUUGUCCUCAAUGACAUAUUGUUAGUACCUAGAGCUUGCUCUACACUAACCUACAAGAUAUUGUCCACUUUAGCUUAAUAGCCUCGCAGUUUUAUCUCACAAAAGGCACCUCAUUGGUUGAAGAUGAUGUGAAUCUUUAAAUGCCUAGUCUCACUCUAAUAUACAGUCGAUGGAUUCAUGGCUCCUCGUUAGGAUCCUCGUUGGGACCGUGACACAAGGCAAAUGUUCAUAUUCAAUUCUCUAAUUCUGAUUCAGGAGUAAGAUGACUUUGGUUGCUUGAGAAUCUGACAUAGGUAGGCAACAUCAGCAUGGAAGGUGGCAAGCUAGAAUAGGAAAGGUUGCUGGAAACAAGGACUUGUACCUUGGAACAUUUAUUACCUGACUUUAAGAAGUUGCUUGAUACCGAGUUUGAAAAGGUCAAGGCUAGUUCAUCUUCAAGUCCACAGAAUCAUCCACUGAUACAUUAGUUCCGGCAAGCUAUCUGGGUAUGGGAGAUGAGUCAAAUAUGCAUGAUGACGUAGAGCAAUUAGUGCAAGAUGUUAUGAAGCAAGAAGGUUUUCAACCAAAAAGACUAGCGGGCCUACUAAGGCUCUUCUAAUUCGUGGAUUGACUGAAAACAAUCGCAAUUUCAUCUUAUUAAACACAAAGAAACCAACUUACUGGUCCCACUGAUGAAGCUUUUAACAAUUUAACCACUUUCUUGAGAACUUUGGCACGUAAUGCUAUGUUGGCUCUUCUUGUUUAUGUUGAUUGGCGAACAAUGCCUCAAUCUAAUAAAAAUGAUAUGUGGGAUCUAGUGAAGGCAAAGUUUGGCAUUGAGGCACGUGCCAAAAAAUGGGUCCUAAGCACAAUAGCAACUGAUUGGAGGAAUUACAAAUGUCGAUUGAAGAGGAGUUUUUAUUCUAUAUAUAAAACAGAUGAUGUUCGGCUUAAAAAUUGUCUUGAAGGAGUCCCUUUUGAACAUUGGAAAGUGUUAGUUGCAUUUUGCAGUUCUAAGGAACGAAAGAAAGUUAAUAGGGGAAACAUAGAGGAAACAUCCCAAGCUGAUAUGUUUCUUUUGACACAUGAACACAAGAAUGGAGAAUUGGAUGAGGAAAGCAUGAGAAUUUUGAUGGUGGAAGUUAAUGUUCCUCAACUUCUCUUUGAAGAAUAAAGGCACAACUUUGAACAAAUGAGCCUAACAAGAUCCUUGGAAGAAUUGAUUCCAAAUGCUGCUAUUGAUGACUCCUGUAAGGAACGCUGGGAACUGCAAUGUCAGCUGGUUUUAUUAGGAUGGAGAAUAGACAAACAAAUAUGUAUAGAGAGGAAUUAGAGAGAAGAAGAGAGAAAGAGAGAGAUGACUAAAAUUAAUUGAGGAAACCCCAUAUUGUAAACAUUGUAGAGACCUUUGAAAGUGGUUUCUAAAGCAUUUGAUUUUUGAGGCAUUAGUUCUACAAUUUGAUUUUAGAGGCACUUUAUGAUUUGUGAGCAUGUCUUUCUAUCACAUAUUAAAAAGUUA